UUUUAUGUUUGAAGUGUCACGUGCAGCCUUCACGCACACACACGUGGAUAAUGGAGCUCAGCAACACUGGACUUUAUAUGAAGAAAUAGACGCUUUUACUGGAUCUGCGCUGCCAGCAGUGAGUCGUCGUCAUGACGGGGAGACAGAAGCAGCGACGGGCGCCGGCGGUCACAGAGAAGAAAAACAUGGCGAGCAGCAGCGAUGAUGAAGACUCCGAUGUGGAGAAGAACUUCACACUGCUCACCAAGAGAGGAGGAGGAGGAAUGAGUGAGGAAGGAGAGCAGUACUGCCAAGAAGAGGAAGAGGAGGAAUUCAGUGACGAGGAGGAAGGGUCUGAUGUUGAAGAAGAGGAGGAGGAGGAGGAGGAGGAGGAGGAGGUUGAAGGGGAUGAAGAAGAGGACAGAGACAGUGAAGCCUCUGAUGAGGAGGAGGAGGAGGAGGAGGAGGAGGAGGAGGAGGAGGAUGAUGAUGAUGAUGAUGAUGAUGAUGAAGAGCCAGAGGAUGUUGGUGGUAGCAGUGAGAUCCAAACCAGAGAAGACAUUAAGAACGAACUGUCCAACAUGUCCUUUGAGGACAUCAUGAAGCUGCAGAACAAAGUCGGAACCAAAGUUUACAACGAGGUCGCCUACGGCAACGACGGCAAGAGUCACCAGAGCAGCAAGAAGAAGCGACUCAACAAGAACAGGCCGAUGGAGAUUUCAUCCAAGAAACCGGCGCCGUUCCUGCGUCAGGUCGUCCCAGUCAGGAAACCAACGCUGAGAGAUCCUCGAUUUGACGACCUGUCAGGAGAAUACAAGGCUGAGAUCUUUGAGAAGACGUAUAAAUUCAUUAAUGACAUCAAAGACAGAGAGAAAGAGAUCGUCCAGAAGAAGCUGAAGAAGACGAAGACGAGCAGCCAGAGGAAGGAGAAGCUGCAGUUCCUGCUGAAGAGGAUGGAGAACCAGGAGCGAGCGAGGAAGAGCCGAGAGCAGCAGAGAGAGAGAGAGCUGCAGUUCAAGAGGCAGCAGAGAGAGCGAGCCAAUCAGGGCGAACGACCGUUCUUCCUCAAGAAAUCGGAGAAGAAGAAGCUGCAGCUGGCUGAGAGAUACGAGGAGCUGAAGAAGAGCGGCAAGCUGGAGAACUUCCUGAGCAAGAAGAGGAAGAGGAACGCUGGCAAAGACCGGAGGAAGCUGCCGAAGCAGAUGCAGCAGAAGAAGAAGACUGCGUGAGGCGUUCAAUGACCAAAAAAAAAAAACACAUGAAGAAGAAGAAGCUGCAGGGCGCCGCGUGUAAGGGAAGUAACGGACAGACUGAUGGUCCUGAUGGAUGAAGAACUGAAUCAACUUUAUAUUAUUGUCAAAAGUUUAAAUAUGUUUUAUUGAAAAAUGUCUGGUGCAUUCAGGGAUGCUCCGACGUCUGAGCGCUCCUGGUGAGAGGGUGUCAGUGAACACACCGUCAGUGAGAGUUUUCCAGUCUCUGCUUCGAACUGUGUAACGACGUCUUUCUAUCCAGAUAAACAGCAGCUGCCACCAAGUCCGAGCCUCAGAAAGCGGUUUAAACUCUCUGUUUUCACCCAGAUGGUUGGAAGGGUGUUUGAGACGGUGUUUCUCAAACAUCACUGAGUGUUUAUCAUGUAGAGAAAUGUUUCCUGAAGUUGGAGAACUUUUAUAAAAUCAGCUACGAGUCGAACUGUUCAUCUAAUACAGAUGUAAACGGCCUCUCUGUGUUGCUGUCCAACUCUGAACUGUAUAUAACAUGUUUGUUUUUAUAUUCUUCUUCUGCUUCUCCGUCACUGAAUGUUCCCUGUAAAACGUCCUCAUAACGUUUCUUCCUCAAGCGUUUCCAGUCAGUCGUGUUUUUUAAAGAUACAGAACAAACACUCUGCUUGGAAAAUGUCUCUAAUAUGUUUUUUGUUCCUAUUAAAAAAAAAAAGUUCAAUUAAAACCUUCAAACAUCA